UGUCCCUCACACGGACCUUCGACCUUCCGCAGGGCGUCUUUGAACGACGCGACUUCACGUUUCAGGCUACGAUCGAGUUCGUCUGAGUCGCAGCGAACGUACGUGAAGUCAACAAAGUCGCAGUCAGCAUCAACAACACCUACUGUACCUAUGGACGUCCAACAGAGCAACAUGGCGAAGACUCCGAAGAAACAGAAGACUGAAGAAAAAGAGGAACAUGAGGAGUCAGGGGGAAACAAGGAGGACAGAGAGAGGGCUUACGAAGUUCUAGCUACACGGGUUAACCCCAUAGCCAGUCCUUUGGCGGCCAGAAAACUCACUAAGAAGUUGUACAAGACCGUGAAAAAAGCAUCAAAGGACAAGAACAUCAGAAAGGGCAUCAGGGAUGUUCAGAAAUUCAUCAAAAAAGGAGAGAGGGGAAUUGUACUGAUUGCUGGUGACACAACACCCAUUGAAGUGUACUGCCAUCUCCCUGUUGUGUGUGAGGAUGCCAAAAUUCCAUACUGCUAUGUGCCAGCCAAACAGGAUCUUGGUGAGGCUGCAGGGUCCAAGCGCCCUACCUGCUGUGUGCUAUUGAAGCCUAAUGAAAGUUACCAGACCAGCUAUGACGAGUGCCUGACAGAUGUGUCAACCUUGCCCAGACCAAUCUAGUGAUGCUUUUUGGGGAAAUGUUUUGUAGCUAUAGUUGGAACAAGUCAACACUUCCAGUUGAACAUAGUAUUUGUUAGUUUCAUGGAUAAUUUUACAUGUAUGAUACUUUUUGGCAUCACUCUGCAAAUGACUUUCAUUUUGACAUUUAUGAACUAGAUAUUGAGAAAAAGUAAUACCGGUAGCCAUUCUUUGUGUUAAGGAUAUAAGUGCUCACAUCAGUCUGGAGUCACUGGAUAGGGUAUUGCUCACUGUACCUUGAACAAAAACAUGGUGUGCCUGUUUUAGUAACACCAUUUUCAAUACUUUUGAUUUGACUUUGAGGAAAUGAUAUUUCAACAGAAUUAGUUAACUGUACUUCAUAAUUUUUCACUAUACUAUAAUCAUGUAUGUAUCCAAAAAGUAUGUUUUGUGCACUGGCACAUAACUUUAUCCAGGUUUUUCUGGAAAAAAAAGUUCAUUUGUACAAUAAAACAUAUCCCUGACUCCA